GGUCAGAAAGGUAAGGCGUUGCGUAGAUAAUAGUUGAGGAUAGGAUAUAAAAGGGAAGACAAAGACGCUUUUUGCCGUGAUCCAGAGUGAAAGCUACAAACACCACCGCCAUUAACCUGCAAAGACGUGAAAGCGUGUCUUGUAUUAACAAUGAAUCCCGCUGAAUUCUUCUACGCCAGCUUAGAUAAAGAUGUGACUUAUCUCAAAACUGGCCAACCAAUUUUAUUCAAUUCAGUUAUUGACCCAGGGAAAUUGUAUGACGAGAGACAUGGUACGUUCAAGCCAAGACUUAGCGGAUAUUAUUGCUUCACCUUUACAGUUGGUACAAAGAAUACAAGUGAAGCAGCUGCAGUUCGUUUAGAAAUAAGUACAAGAAAGGUCGCCACUGCCGUUACAGACAUACCAUCAGCCACGGCAUCCCUUGUUAUCUCACAAGCAAGCAAUCAAGCAAUCGUCUAUAUGAAGGACACGGAUUUAGCAAGAGUCGUUAUUGAUCACCAUGACACCGGACCGAUUAUUGGAUUUGGUUAUACAAACUUUUCAGGCUUUCUUAUGAAAAAUGAUUAGAUCACAUUGCAAGACAACAUGUUGAAAUUUCGGGAAUCGAAGGAAAAAUGAAUAUUAUCUCUCUGACUUUUAAAGCGCUUUGCUAUGACAUGUAAACUUUCCUUUCUAUAAAUACAUCUGUUUCUAUACAAUAUUGUAAGUUUUCUAUAUGCUUGCUGUUAGGAUAGUGAAGUUGAACAUUUUUAGACAAUUGGUGACAUAAUGGUUUCAAACUUUUACCAUCGCUGUAUACUCGUGUGAUCAUAAUCUUAAUCAUUGAUUGAAAAAGGAGAAGAAACUGGUGUUUAACUGCAAAUCUUUUGAAAACAACAUACUUACUUUAUGAAUACUUUAGUGAUUACUUGUUUUUGAUACCAAAGAUAAUGAGAAAAAUGUGUAUUCUUUAUGACUAUUUAAUUAUUUCCAGUAUUUAUUUCUAUCUGUCUAUUGAAUAAAAACUCUUAAAACUGUA